GAGUCGCUUUAUCCGGCAGGUGGACAGCGAUCUAUACGUAGAUACCGUCCAGUCGCAAUCAGGCCGUAAGCGAAUAUACUCAUUGAAGACACUUAUCACAGGCAGAUGAAUGAAGACUUCUACUGAUGCUACAAUGUAAACAGCACUACAACUUCUUCAAGCGCUGGGGAAAAAAUGUGCAGCUUUUAUUUGAGUAUCAAAAAUCGGGGAGUAAGCAAGUUGUAUUCAAUUACAGUGUAUAGUACGGGUAAAGUUUGUUGGAAUGUGUGAUAUUUUAAAUAGCAGCAUGGGACCACAAGCAACCAUCGUCAGUGGAAGAAACUCUCCAGUUAAACGUGUUCUUCGGGGUUGAUGGCAUUUUAUAACAAUCGGUGAAGUUUGAACUGGCGACGUCACACAGUCGGCGUGCGACGCACGUGCUGGCACGGCGCAUUUUAUGAAAAGGUACUCCUAUCGGAUAGUAAGACUGGUUGCUCACUCCAAGAAACACUCCCCCAAAGAGAAGAAUCGUGUGUUCAUAUAAUAAAUAUAUUCAGAUCAGGAUGUAUAUGUCUACCUGACUUCAACAGAUAAUUUAUAAAUAUCCUGUUUAGUUGGUUGUUAUGACAUUGCGUGGAAAAUGAGCAGAAUUAUCCGUGUGUCUGUAGUAAUACUAAUUUUUGUUUUCACGUCGGAUCUGUCGAUGGUUAACGGGAAAAGGAGAAAAGGCAGAAAAGUAGAAUCAAAGAACUCGACAACAUCAAAUCCAUUCUCCAACGACCGCGAAAAUAAGAUUCUCUGUGAGUAUUACACACAGUGGUCAGACUGGACCCGUUGUAACCGGAAGUGCGAGCAGACCCGAGUAAGACGGUGUAAUCAACCAGAAAACUGCGGCACAAGUGUACUCAAAGAAAAGCAAAGUUGUAAAAGACGCCGAGGGAGAUGCUCGACAUUGUCGUAUAAAGUGAUAGGAUUUCGUCGUGGAAACAGGUUAAUAGAGGAACUAUUAUACGAUUUACUAUACGAUGGAUGGUCGCAAUGGGGACAUUGCACUCGCUCCUGUCGUAAAAGAAGAUUUCGUAAGUGCAAAGAACACAAAAUUUGCGGUAACAGUUACAUACAGGAGGAGCGGAAGUGUCGUUUAGCGGGGUCUGUCUGUGGUAAAAAGUACACGUUUAAUACGUUUGAACAUGAACCACACUCGCCCUCAGUCAGCCAAUUGUCACCUAGAGAGUGGGCUCGCGACCAGACAUCCCCAUUGUUGGUCAGUACUCAGAAAAUCUGUGGGGUUCGACCGCGUGGGGGAUACCGCAUUGUUGGAGGGAGAGAAGCCAUACCUCACAGCUGGCCAUGGCAGGUCGCCAUCCUAACAAAAUGGAAGGAACAGUAUUGCGGAGGUACCCUCAUCGCCCCGGGUUGGGUUUUAACUGCUGCCCACUGCAUCCGGCGCCGGGGCCGGAAACGAAAAGUCAUUGUUCGUGUUGGCGAACACGAAAUAUCUGUUGACAACAAAAAAGAAAUUGACAUGAAAUUAGAAAAAGAUUUCCCUCAUAGCAACUUCGAUUAUGAAACCAUAACUAAUGACAUAGCUCUUCUCAAGCUCCGCAAACCGGAAAAGAUAAGUAACAUAGCUCAGUACGCAUGCUUACCGGAUCCAUCUGAUGAUCUUCCCGAUGGAACAAGUUGCUAUAUUGUAGGUUGGGGAAAACAAAAAAACACACAUUUAUCAGGAUCUGCAACACUUCGUGAAGCAGAAGUACCCAUCGUUAGCAAGAAAAAAUGUCGGAAAGCAUUCGACUAUAAUAUAGGUGACAAACAAAUUUGUGCGGGGUUUAAAAAGGGUGGUGUUGACUCUUGUGCCGGAGACAGCGGUGGUCCCCUCAUCUGUCCCAAAGUCGUAAAUGGGACUGAACGAUGGAUUGUUUAUGGGGUGACUAGUUACGGGGAAGGUUGUGGUCAGAAAGGAAAAUAUGGGAUAUAUACAAAGGUGACUCGUUACCUCAACUGGAUAAACCGGGUCAUCAGAAACAACAACUGAGUUGUGUUUCAUCGUUUUGUUAAAAACCGGCAGAUUUUAGGGCUUGAUUGUAUAUUUUGUUCAACUCAGGACAUCUUUAAAUUUCAGUGUUAUUUAUUUUGAUAUGUUUUAUUUCCAGUUGAAUUUUCAACUGUUUUAAAUCAUUUACGACGCAAGGGUGAUUUUUUGCUCAACACUUACGCAAUUAUAUGACGCAGGUUUGGUUGUAUGAAGAGCGUAAUUAUAUUUUGCAAUGAGCCACCUGUCUGUUGUUUUGAAUCUUUGCUAUGAUGUAGAUGGGAGUGGUUGUUAGGUUUCACAUCGCCACGAAAGGCUGAAUGUAAUUUUCUCACUUUCAUAAUUUGUUGAAUAUCAAAGGAUAACUUAAUGAAACUUAUAUAAUAGGUCAAGGUCGCAAAUCCUCUCCGUUGAUUGACAGAAUGCAUAUUUCUAUAUUCUUACAAAACUUAUCGAUACUGAAGAGAACGUUUUCAUAUUAACUUGCAAGUCAGUAAGUUAUGUGAUCUGCAUGUAACUAAAUAUGUUUGUUUUUUUAACUCAAGAAUUAUAAAUAUGUUUAUUUCAUGAAUGAUACAAAGGAGAUACUCUAUUAAAAUUCUUAAAACACAAGGCCCCAUUGUUUCCUCUGCGAAUGGCAUUGUUUCAAGCUGCACAUUACAACAAAAACAACGCGUGCGUGAUCCUAACAGAUUCUGCAUAAGGGUUGGAGGUUACUAAUGAUGUCUGCCAUAAUUAUUCUCAGUAGGCCAAGGCCACACAAGAGGGCUCUCUCCAUAUACUUCAGAAAUUUACAGAAGUACACAAUGAUGGCUUCUGGAAUUUAUAAAGGAGAGACUGAAAUGAAAGAACAUUGCAUUUUUCUUUUCGUUUUUUUCUUUUCCUUCAGAAUAAUGCUUUAAACCAUAUUUUCAAGCUUGUCCAAAACAUGAGUAAUAUGAAUUCAAAAUGAAGCAUUACAUAAAAAGAUCCCAACAAAACAGUCAUUUUGGAAAUGCUAGAAUUGUUCAUGACUUUCAAUUUUUGUUACUCAUGCAUUUAGUAUGAUUUCUGUUAUAUAAUUAUGUAAAAUAAAAUGUUACAACAGUAACAUUCUUAGCAAAUGUUGAAACAUUGUUUAAUUCAUAGCGAACAGUUUCAUGUAAACCCCGUCACACGAUGUAUUCCUCGUCGUAUUUGUGGUCAGCUUUUUUGUUGUUAUGAAUGUAGUGUCAUAUUGAUAUUUCGUCGUUAUCUUUUCUUGUCAAUAAAAAUAUUUUUAAAAUGGAAAGAAAA